AUGCGACCGCUGCGAGUCGACGUCGCUGCGUCCGGCACCGCGUCCAGCGUCGCGCGCGUGUCCCCCGCGACGUUCCAGUGCCACGGCGCUUCCUAUGGGUCGUACGUGUCGCUUCAGUGCAGCGACGCGCACCGACUGCGCGUUUUUCGGCUGGAAAUGGACCCACAGAUCGGUGACGCCGACCGCAUAGUGGUCGAUCAUUGGCCCUUUGUAGACGACGCGGACGAGCGCUCUUGUGACGAUGGAAAUGACUGUAUACCGAACACAAGUGUCGUCGUACAGGCGACUUGUGUCGCCCCUUGUUAUGUUCCAGUGGCGCAGCUGGUGACGCUCGCGCCUGGAGGGGGUCACAAGCAGCCGCAGUUGGCGCUCGCGUUCGUCCAGAGGUUACUCGAGCGUCGCAUUUUGAUGGAUCGGUCGGGAAAAAUUGCUCUGCAGUGGGAGGGCGUCGACUAUGGCGAGUGGACGUAUGAGGCGUUUUUCCGAGGACGGUGUCAAGAGCCUGACGAUACUCGAGUCGGGACGGGGUUCGAUGGCGGCAUUGUGACGGACCAGACGCUCGUGCUGCUGGUUCCGUCCAUGACGUUGUCAGUAGCUCCUGCAUCGCAUGAAUCACAGCGGUACUAUCCACUGGGAGUUCACGCUCGAGCGUGCCGAGAGCUAGUGGCGAUGGCGAUACGGCAGUCGUCGAGCUGUGGGGCAGAUGAGGCAAACCUAGCUUUGAUAACUCCCUAUUCACUGUUGCUGCACGCUCCGAGCGGCGCAGGCAAGACAACACUGGUCAAGCAAAUUGCAGAGGACUUGGCAGCGACUUUGCUCGUGCUGGACUGCGGACUGUUAGCGUCGCCGCAAUUGCGGCUGGAAGAUGUGUUCUCGGCUGCACUUCGCGUUCAGCCGUGUGUGCUAUUGCUAGAAGAUCUGGAACUGAUGUUUCCGAUGACGCUGGACGAAUCGAAGUACCGACUUGUUUGCCGCCUUGUACAGUGCUUCGACAGUAUUCAAAAGUCGGGUCUCGUCCGCAUUGCAGUCGUUGGAACUGUGUCGUUGCUCAGUGCGCUGCACUCCAAAGUACGACAGUUGUUCGUGGAAGAAGUGUAUCUCGACGUCCCUGAGAAACAGUGGACUGUCGGCCUACUCGAGUCAUUGCUACCAUCCUCACGCAUGCUGCGUCAUGAGUUCAUUACGUCCUUGGCUGUUCGUUAUGGCCAACGACCGAGCAACGUUGCGUCUAUUGCUCGGCAAAUUUGCGCUCGUCUGUCACGAGAAGAUAGCCACGUUGGUUCUGUGGAUCGUUUUGAAGCCGAAAUUGCCGCUUUUGCGCGUGACAUCUCCAGCAAUGGCAAUGGGGCUGACACGCUCAGUGUUUCCAUCCCAGACGUCUCAUGGGAUGACAUUGGUGGGCUAGAGUGCGUGAAACAAAAGCUAGUUGAGAUGGCAGUGUGGCCGUUGGAGAAGCCCCACGUGUUUCGUCGGAUGGGCAUUUCUCCGCCUUUGGGUAUGGUGUUGCACGGUCCACCAGGAACGGGAAAGACCAUGCUUGCCAAAGCUACAGCAAAAGCGAGUGGCUGCAACUUUCUCACUUUAGCAGCAAGUGACCUCAUGAGAGCUGAAAUCGGCGAAAGUGAGAAGUCGAUAACGCGCGCGUUCGACACGGCCCGUGCACUCAGUCCUUGCAUGGUCUUCAUCGACGAGUUCCAGUCCCUCUUCGGCAACCGAUCAACAGCUGGCCAGACAACUUCUAGGAUGAUUUCUCAGCUCUUGAUGGAACUAGAUGCGCUGAAAGCAGUGUCCGACGACAUGGAUACUCACGGUCAAGUCCAUGCGUCUACCAGCGUUGCUGCUGGCCGAGUGUUUGUGCUCGUGGCAACGAAUGCAUUGUCUGCCAUUGAUCCUGCGUUCCUCCAACCAGGACGGUUUGAGAAUGUGGUGUAUGUUGGUCUUCCGGAUGCCAGCGAGCGUAAGGCCAUCAUGGAGACUCAACGCAAGAAAAUGCCGUGGAGCCACGACGUCGACAUCGCCACACUUGUCGAAGACACAGACGGCGCUAAUGCUGCAUCAAUGAUUGCACUGUGCCAGGCUGCAGCUAUUCAGGCCAUGCAACGGGUAGCUCCCGACGCACCAUUAGACGAACAGUGCAUUGCAAUGAUCGACUUCACCGCAGCUUUAGCAAAAGGGAAUUUUGACUUUCAAGACCGAUAG